CGCGCUCAGUUAUGACAUCUUUGUUUUGACACAUCCACAUUUUUCGGCCUGUCAUCCAUAAUCAUUUAUUGCGAAGACCAACAAAAUCCUCAGUGGGCAUACGCAAUGCCAAAUCCGAUGAAGAAGUAUUUCCGUAGACCGGCAGUGAGGAGAUGUAGGAAAGUUGCUUCGAAGAAGAUGCCCGAAAGGAAUUAUUACGAGGGGUCGUACAGAGAUAGAGGUGGUCUUUCGGAAUGGUUGGGCAAACAGCACGACCCUGGGUUACAACCGAAACCGUAUAUGGGGGGAAGUCACUCGCAGCAGAUGCAGAUGGUUAGGUCCAAAGGGAAGCCACACGGAGGGUAUUUCCCUUGCGGUUCGAGGCCUGCAGUUGAUUCCUCUGCUUUCGAACCGGCCACUAGCAUGUCUAACGUGAGCGAAUGUUUGACCGACGACUCGAGAUACAGUGCUAAAGGUGGACCAUGCUACCCUCCACCACAGCCCCCUUGCAAACCAGCCCCAGAACGUCUACCAGCUGGAGGAACGGGUGGUAGCGAAACAUCUGCACACAGGGAGUUGAUGUUUAUGAUCGACCAGCUGGAGCAGGCUGAGCUGGAGAAAAUACAGAGGGAUCUGAGGCAGUUCCAGACAAGCAGAAGGCGGCUGAUGUUCAACUUGUCCAGUCUGAGCGCUACAUCUUCCCCUCCUGCUAGAUUGAUGCAGCCUGUCGCUACAGCAACAGCAGGAUCAGCUCCUGGUUGUAUCCCUAUCAUGCCCGCUCCUUGAACCGUGAAAACAUCGGAUCGAAAAAUGGCAUUUGUGAAAUAUUUCAGUACAGGUGAUCCCGAGAGAAAAUAAACAAUGAUAAAAAUUGGA